AUGUCCAAGUCGGACCCUCAGAGCCUGGCCACCAUCACCGUCACGGACUCUCCCGACGACAUCGCGCUGAAGAUUCGCCGUGCGGUCACAGACUUUACCUCAGAGGUCACGUAUGACCCGGACGCCCGCCCCGGGGUCUCCAACCUGGUGACCAUCCACGCUGCCGUCACAGGCGUGUCCGUGGAGGAGGCCGUGUCGCAGGCCAAAGGCAUGGACACGGCCUCCUAUAAGACCCUGGUGACUGAGGCCGUGGUGCAGAGACUGGCCCCCAUCAGAGAGGAGAUCUCCAGACUGAGAGCCGACAGGACUUACCUGGAGUCCGUGCUGUCUCUGGGAGCGCAGAGGGCUCGGGAAGUGGCUGCACCGGUCCUGAGAGAGGUCCGGCACCGGCCUCUGCUCAGCCUCUGCUCCACCUCUGCUCCACCUCUGCUCCACCUCUGCUCAGCCUCUGCUCCACCUCUGCUCCACCUCUGCUCAGCCUCUGCUCAGCCUCUGCUCAGCCUCUGCUCCACCUCUGCUCAGCCUCUGCUCAGCCUCUGCUCAGCCUCUGCUCCACCUCUGCUCAGCCUCUGCUCAGCCUCUGCUCCACCUCUGCUCCACCUCUACUCAGCCUCUACUCAGCCUCUGCUCCACCUCUGCUCCACCUCUGCUCCACCUCUGCUCCGCCUCUGCUCAGCCUCUGCUCCACCUCUGCUCCACCUCUGCUCCACCUCUGCUCAGCCUCUGCUCCACCUCUGCUCCACCUCUGCUCAGCCUCUGCUCAGCCUCUGCUCCACCUCUGCUCAGCCUCUGCUCAGCCUCUGCUCAGCCUCUGCUCCACCUCUGCUCAGCCUCUGCUCAGCCUCUGCUCAGCCUCUGCUCCACCUCUGCUCCACCUCUACUCAGCCUCUGCUCCACCUCUGCUCCACCUCUGCUCCACCUCUGCUCAGCCUCUGCUCCACCUCUGCUCAGCCUCUGCUCAGCCUCUGCUCAGCCUCUGCUCCACCUCUGCUCAGCCUCUACUCAGCCUCUGCUCCACCUCUGCUCCACCUCUGCUCCACCUCUGCUCAGCCUCUGCUCCACCUCUGCUCCACCUCUGCUCCACCUCUGCUCCACCUCUGCUCAGCCUCUGCUCAGCCUCUGCUCAGCCUCUGCUCCACCUCUGCUCAGCCUCUGCUCAGCCUCUACUCAGCCUCUGCUCCACCUCUGCUCAGCCUCUGCUCAGCCUCUGCUCCACCUCUGCUCCACCUCUACUCAGCCUCUGCUCCACCUCUGCUCCACCUCUGCUCAGCCUCUGCUCAGCCUCUGCUCAGCCUCUACUCAGCCUCUGCUCCACCUCUGCUGCUGUGA